AUGGGGGAAAGAGAAAAUUACAAUUUCAAAGUUGUCAUUUUUGGUGAACUGAAAGUUAUCGGUUCACCAUUCAUCGAAAAAUUUACGUCAGACCACAAGACGAUUUUCUUGGAUAGGAGUGUGGUCCAAGCGGAAUUCGCAAAAAUUGGUACUUCGUUUGACCAUAAUGCCGCCGAGAAUUGUGAAAAGUAUCUUAAGGGAUCGGUUUGCAUUAUGAUGGUUUACGAUGUUGAUGAUCGCGGAUCACUGAGAAGAGUUAGAGAAGGGUGGAACAUAUUGAAAAAUCAUUAUAUCCGAGAGACAGUCAUUGCGCUCAUUGAAAUAGAGCCUAACUCGGAAAAUGGAGAGAGCGCUCUUCCCGAGAGUCGCGAGGAGGCUUCUUCGUUUGCUGAUGCGAACCGAAUUCUUUUCGUACGAAUUGGUGAAUUAGACGAUGAAUUUAGGAAGAUAAUGAAGGGUUGUGUGCAAACAUUUCGGGAUUUCAAGGAGAUCGACAGUUUACAUAAGCCGAACGUUCCGGGAGAUGGGUUGAAAAGGUUGAUGCAUCAUCAAAUAAGCACUCUUGAUUCCUGUGGGAGGAUACCCGUCAGACAUGAUACCGUGCAACUAAAAGAAAAGAGACUAAAAAAUCUUGAAAAUCUCGUCAAGAUCGCACCCAACUACCUCCGAGGUACUAUCGAACUCGCCCAGCAAUUGGUGAUGAAAAUAGACUCUUGCGCGAGAAUUGUCGAUGGACUGACAACCGAAGAAUUAGAACGACUAUCUAAUAUCAGUGACCUUCGAGAGAUAGAAGGACGUUGGAAAAACUUCCUCGUGUCCCACCAAAGAUUUGCAUUUGAAGCAUUUGGCACGUCUAGUUCCCUGAUCGAACAAAUGGAUGCGAUCAGUCGACAAAUUGCGAUAUGGCAAAAUAAUCCCAGCAUCAAUAGGUCGUGUGAAGAUGAAAUCGGCCGGAUAGUUGUGAAUUGCGAAAGGGUUAUGGAUGAAUUUAUUGAGAAAUGCCGCGAUGAAAGUAAUAUAUCUAAAGAGUUCAAUGACGCGUAUGAAAAUAUUGAACAAAAAUUGGAAAGCUGUUACGAAAAACUCUCUAUGUUCAGCGAGGGUAUGCGCGCUUAA